AUGAGGCUAUCACUUCGUGUCGGUUCGGCAGCCGCGCUGAUAAUCCUCGCGCUCGUCCUGAUCAACCGCCAACUCCACACCGUCCCCGGCCAGAAUCCCUCAUCGUUCUGGCAUUUCGAUACAACUUCCUUCCAAGCUACUCUCCGUCCACAAUCACAAGUCGCACAAGACUCUCAUCGGAAAUGGGGCAGUGGUACAAACAACAAAUUGGGUCUCAGUUAUCAGACUACUCCUAUUGAAGUCCCUAAUGAUGGGGUGAUUGUCAUGGGCAAAUUGCGCGAAGAAGAUACUGCGUGGGUCUCUGCUGAACUCGCCGAAUGGCGCAAUUAUGUCUACACCGUCGAUGAUACUACCGUCGCAACACAUACCCCUAAGAAUAAGGGCCGUGAAGCCCUUCCUUACCUCCAAUAUAUCGUCGACCACUACGAUGAUCUCCCCGCCGUCAUUGUCUUCUUACACAGUCACCGCGACGGCUGGCCCGCCGCUUGGCACACCGAUACCAUGGAAUACAGCAAUGUAGAUUCCGUGCGGGCCCUGCAGCGUGAUUUCGUCUUGCAGGAAGGAUUCGUAAACCUUCGCUGUCAGCUGUCACCUGGCUGUCCCGAUGAAAUGAAACCAUUCCGUUCGCCCCCGAAACCUGGAAAUACCGGUGAAAAACAUUAUGCGACCGCGUGGAAGGAAAUCUUUGGCAAUUCAAAUGUCCCUGAGACUAUUGCUGCGCCGUGUUGUUCGCAGUUCGCGGUCUCCAAGGACCAGGUCCUUAAGCGUCCGCUCUCCGAUUACAAGCGCAUGUACGAAUGGGUUCUUACCAAUGAUCUGCCUGAUGAGGUGACUUCGAAUAUUAUGGAGUACUCCUGGCAUAUUAUCUUUGGCAGAGAUCCUGUUUUCUGUCCCGAUGUCUUCCAAUGCUAUGCCGAUGUGUACGGCGAGGAAGUCUAUGGCUUCUAA